AUGGAGCAGUAUCAGCCAGGCCACAGUACAGACAUAGCUGCCGUGCACGGUCUGCUGUUCCUGAAGACCACAGCCCAGCGGUGGCGCCCUGAGAGCCACGGGGCAGAGACUGCCUCACCCACUCUCUCAGAGACGCUGCGAGGGGGGUUCCUGUGCCUGCGGUUUGCGAACGUCCUGGUCUUUGGCCUGGGCAUCCUCAUCCUGGGGGUGUGCCACUAUACACUCACGGUCAAGGGCAGCCACCUGGCCACACACGGGGCCCUCACAGAGUCCAAGACCUGGAGCAGGAUCUGGGAACUUUUCUUUGUGGAGGUCUGCACAUCCUUCACAGCAGAGCACGCCAAGCUGGGCCACGUCAAGAUGCACCACGGCUACACCAAUGUCAUCGGCCUGGGGGACUCCAGCACCUGGAGGCUGCCCUUCCUCAACCGCUACAUCUACAUGUUCCUCGCUCCUUUCCUGAUCCCCGUCCUCACUCCGCUGGUGGCUCUGGAGCGGAUGAGGGAGGUGGCCUUCGGGACAGCUCUGCGGACGCUGAGCUUGAUCUCUCUGGGUCUGUAUUCUCACUACUGGCUGCUGCUGAAUGUGUCAGGCUUUAGGACCCCCAGCUCGGCCCUGGCCUGCAUGUUUGUCACCAGAUCCCUCCUGGCCCACCCGUACCUCCACGUCAAUAUCUUCCAGCACAUCGGGCUGCCCAUGUUCUCCCUGGACAAGAAGCCCUCGCGCGUGCACAUGAUGAGCCUGGGCGUGCUGAACCUGCCCCGGCUGCCUGUGCUGGACUGGGCCUUCGGCCACUCCAUCAUCAGCUGCCACGUGGAGCACCACUUCUUCCCCCGGCUCUCGGACAACAUGUGCCUGAAGGUGAAACCUGUCCUCUCCCGAUUCCUGCGAGAGAAGCAGCUGCCGUACAACCAGGACUCGUACCGGGCUCGCUUCUGGCUCUUCCUCAGUCGCUACGAGGAGCUCAUGGUGCACGCCCCGCCCAUCACCCAGCUGGUGGGACUGCAGUGAGGGUGGGGCAGGCCAUGCUGUCCCUGCCCCGCCCCCACCCCUCCUGCUGCUCCAGGGCUGGGCCAGGUUCGGGCUGGCUGGUCUGGGUUUCUAGUUGCCUGGGAAAAAGGCAUUCCGACCAGGCUGCACCGCAGCCAACUUUAUCUCAGGGCCAAAGAGCUGCAUCUGUGCCUAUUGCUGGGGCAGAGCCGGGAGGGGUGUGGGGGGUGGUGUGUGUGUGUAAAGUGCCCACCAUGCAGGGGGCACUGACAGAGGAGGGUCAGCCCUGGGCCCAGAGAGCCCCCACGUGCCGCUGACCACUCCUCUUCUGGUGCCCUGUGAGGCCCAGUCUCCCUAGGAGCUUUUCCCCAGGCCCACAGGGAGUUGUUCAGUCUGACACUGCCCCCCCUCCCCCCCACUCCCACGGGGCCGGGUUCCAUCCUGUUUGGAAGAACUGAUGACCGGAGAGAACAAACCAUGAGCGGGAGGGGUCAGGGUCUGGAGGGCAGUGGCCUUAGAGAAGAGAGGAUGCAGGAAGAGGGUGAGGGACAAGGAGGAGGGCUUGACCCCGAGGGUUGGCUUGGCUGGGCAGGGGUGGUCUGCAGCAGCAUGUGGCCCAGAGAAGCCAGGCACUAAGGAGCACCAUUGAGAUUCAGCCCAGAGGGGACUGGGAGGCUGGGCUGAGGGCAUGCAAGGAAGUGGAGGGUCCUUCUGGAAGCUGAGAGCCGGUGGCGGAGGAGGCCAGAGCGGUUCUCCAAACGGGCCCCUUGGCCCGGCUGGCAUCCUGUGUAUGUUCGGCAGCACCCCUGGCCUCUCCCCACUAGACGCCUAGUACCUACAUCACCACUAAAAAUGUCUCCAGACGUGGCCAAAGGUCCCCGGGGCGGGGCUGGGAACAAAACUGCCUCCCACCCCCCACCCCGCUGAGAACCUUUGGAUUAAAAUAUGCAAGUCAUGUUCUCAGCAGCAAA